CCUGAGGCGCCGGGCCGGGCCGGCCGCGCGGUGCGCUCCGACAUGCGGCCCGUGGGCCCGGCGGCCGCGCUGGCGGUGCUGGCGGUGCUGGCCGUGCUGGCCGUGCUGGCGGCCGCCUCCCUCCUCCUGUUGCUGGCCCCGGCCCAGGACCUUCCCGUCAGAACUAAAUACGGCCUGGUGUUCGACGCCGGCUCCACACACACGGCUCUCUACGUGUACCGGUGGCCCGCGGACAAGGAGAACGGCACAGGCAUCGUCUCCCAGGUGGAGUCCUGCACAGUGAAUGGAUCUGGCAUCUCCAGCUACGCAGAUAACCCUGCUGGGGCUGGAGCCAGCCUAAAGCCCUGCCUGGACAAGGCCAUGACAAUCAUCCCUGUAGAACAGCAGCGGCAGACACCGACCUACCUGGGAGCCACAGCGGGCAUGCGGCUGCUGAGGGAGCAGAACAGCACAAAAGCUGAGCAGGUCUUCGCUGAGGUCACCAAGGCCAUUCGUGAGUACCCUGUGGACUUCCGUGGAGCUCAGAUCCUCACUGGGAAUGAGGAGGGUGCCUUUGGCUGGAUCACCGUCAACUACCUGCUGGAGACACUUAUCAAGUACUCCUUCACAGGCAAGUGGACCUACCCACCAGUGGAGGAUGUUGUCGGAGCUCUGGACCUUGGUGGGGCUUCAACUCAGAUCACAUUUCUUCCUGGGACCACAACUGAUGACAAGAACACGAGAGCCCUCCUCAGACUGUAUGGGACCAACUAUUCAGUAUACACCCACAGCUACCUCUGCUAUGGACAAAAGCAAGCCCUGAAGAGGCUGAUGGCAUCUUUACACCAGGACAGCCCGUACCCCCAGCAGAUAUCACACCCCUGCUACCCCAGGGGAUACCAGGAGAACAUCACCACAGCAGAGCUCUACGACAGUCCCUGCGUCCCCGCUCCGGGCACGCCCAGCCCUGCUCAGGUCCUCACGGUGACAGGGACAGGGAACCCGGCGGCGUGCCGCACUGCCAUCCUGAAGCUCUUCAACUUCACCUGUGGGGCCAACAGGACGUGCGGGUUCGACGGGGUCUAUCAGCCGCCCGUGCGGGGACAGUUCUUUGCUUUUUCAGCAUUUUAUUACAACCUCCACUUCCUGAACCUGACUGAAGAGCAAUCCCUGAGUUCCGUCAAUGACACUCUCUGGAAAUUCUGCUCCAGGAAUUGGAUGACGUUGCAGAAGGACUUUCCCACCAGGAACAGGAUCCACCUCCGUGACUCCUGUGCAGCCAGCUCCUACGUCCUCACCCUCCUGCUGCAAGGCUACAAAUUCGACAGCAAGACAUGGCUCAACAUCCACUUCCAAAAGCAGGUCUCAAAUGUAGACGUUGGCUGGACUCUGGGCUAUAUGCUCAAUCUCACCAACAUGAUUCCCUCGGAGACCCCUCAGAGAGUUGUAGUGCUCACAAAAAGCAAAUGGGUAGCAGCCACAGUUGUACUGGCCAUCAUACUGAUUCUCAUCUUCUGCGUGAUUGCGGCCUUAUGCUACGGGAAGGACUCCUCUGGUUAUGAGAGCCUCUAGAAGCGCUGGCUUCAGAGGCUGCUGGAGCCACCUGGUGCUGGUGCCAAACUUGUGCAAGGAGCCGCUAUUGGGGGAAUCACCCCCGUGUCCUGGAGCUGCAGACUUGUAAUGUGGGGAGCCUGCGUCCUGGCCUGGUGAGCUGGAACCAGCACAGGCCUUACAAAAACCUCCCUGUAACUGUGUGCUGUGUGGCUUUCUUUUGCCCUCACUGCUUGCUGGAGAAGCUCUAGGAGAGGGGGUGUGGUGGUGUGGGGCAGGGCUUGGCACUGAUGACAUGGGGCAGCUAGAGAUGGUGGGACCCAAGGGGUGGGGAAGAGAGAAGAUGUGUUUGGCAGCAGCAGUAUUGUCGCAGGGCAGGUUACUGCCUAUGGAAGGUAACCACGUGGGGCAGAGGCAUCCUGCCCCAUUCCAGGGCAGGGGCCCAAAUCGCUGGGCAGAGGGACAGCGGUGUUGGGCUGCUUCCUGCUGGGUGCCCCAACAUGUCCUGGUGCUGGGGCUGUUCCUCCCCAGGGACAGGACUUGGCUUUGCUCCUUGUUGAGCUCCACAGUGCUGCUGUCAUCCUUGAGGUUGCUUCCACCUGUCACGGUCCCUCUGGAAGGCAGCAUGACCCUCUGGUGCAUCAGCCAUGCCACACAGUUUUGCAUCCUCUGCAAACUUGCUGAGGGAGCACUCUUCCCCAUCAUUCAGAUCAUUAAUGAAGAUGUUAAAUAGAACGGGGCUCGAUACUGACCCCUGGGAUACAUGAGUGGCAUCCAAUCAGACCUUGUGCCACGGCCAUUGUUUCUGUGUGUGACCCGUCAAUCCAUUUCACUGCCCCUCCAGCCCUUACGUCAGCAGCUUCUCUAUGGGGAUGUUCUAGGGGAUGGUGUCAAGGCCCUACUGAAGUCUGGGUAGAAAAUAGAUGUCAGCAGCCCCCCUGUUUUCCUGCACAAGGUCAAUCUUUUGUUGGCUGUGCCCCUCGUCUGUGCCAGGCAGACAUCUCACCUUUCCAGCACGCAGGAGGUUUGGAAACCCCUCUUGGAAGCCAAAGGCUUUGUCCUCAUUCCCCACCAAAGUCUGGUGGGUGCUGCGAGGUCUCCAGCACUGAGCAAUGCUGAGAAGGGGCCAGAUAUCGCUUCCUGUGGCUGAGGCAACUGUUCUGUCCCCUGUGUCCCCAUUGUCAUUACCCGCCCUUACCUCUGAGGCGGAAGCAAUAAAAUCUUAUCGGCUCAGGAGCAAAAUAACAA